CGACUGCGGGAGCUUAUCCGCACUCCGACCGGUGCCACCUCCAAGCUGAGCCCGCUCCUAGACUCCCAGUCCCCUCCGCAGUCCGCACCGCCGCCUCGCCAUGGAGGCAGCUGCCGCCGCCUUCUUGUCCCCUCCCCGCGUCGCCCUCGACGUCCGCACACUCUUCUCCCCGCCCCGUUGCCUCCCCGUCUCGCCCUCAUCCCAGCUCCGCCUCGCUGCCCGCCCCCGCGCGCUCGCCGGCGCCAAGCCGCGGUUCCUGAGCCCCCAUCGAGAACCCGCCGUCGACGGCGGUCGCGGCGCCAGGGAUGUCGUCGCGAUGGUGGUGCCGUUCCUGAGGGGGGCCGCGUGGGAGCAGCCACCGCCGGACUUGGCCUCGUUCCUGUACAAGAACCGGAUCGUGUACUUGGGGAUGUGCCUCGUUCCGUCGGUCACGGAGCUCAUGCUCGCCGAGUUUCUCUACCUCCAGUAUGACGACGCCGAGAAGCCAAUCUACAUGUACAUCAAUUCCACUGGCACCACCAAGAAUGGCGAGAAGUUAGGCUAUGAGACAGAAGCUCUUGCAGUAUAUGAUGCUAUGAGGUAUGUUAAAGUUCCUAUUUUCACUCUGUGUGUCGGUAAUGCAUGGGGAGAAGCUGCUUUACUCUUAGCUGCUGGCGCUAAAGGUAACCGUGCCGCACUUCCAUCAUCGACAAUAAUGAUAAAACAGCCAAUUGGUCGCUUUCAAGGUCAGGCAACAGACGUUGACAUUGCAAGAAAAGAGAUUCGAAAUGUCAAGAUAGAAAUGGUUAAGCUGCUGGCAAGACACAUUGGUAAACCAAUGGAAGAGAUUGCUCGGGACAUCAGGCGUCCUAAAUACUUUAGCCCCAGUGAAGCUGUGGAUUAUGGCAUCAUCGACAAGGUGAUAUACAACGAGAAAAUCCAGGAAGAUGGCGGUGUUGUGUCAGAACUCAAAAGAUCAAAUUUGAUAUAGCGUUCUUUUUCCACAAGUAGACACGUCUUUGUAUGUUUAGUGGUCAUUCACGUGUGUUUGAGUAUUGAGUAGUUACCACUCGAUCACUCAGUACCUGGUUGUAGAGGCGUAGAGCACAUAGCCAAUGCAUUGAACAAGCAUUUCCUUCCCCCCUCUGCCGUUUCAACGCUGUAUUGCCCUUACCCAACGGGCGUGCUGAAAGAUGAAUUUUGGUAGGUUGUUGAUCGUUGGUGCCCUGUUUGCGUGUUUGUUUUAGCCCGCGGGGAAGCAUAUAGUUUGAUCGUGGC